AUGGUGAGGACUCGUCCCCGUAAUAAAACGCGGCGCGUAGCUGUAAUAGACUACGGCUCCGACGGCGAGCCCCCCGACGUCCAUGAUGAUCCCGAUGAUGAAAAUUUUGAGGCGCCGCCCCCGGACCCGGAAGACGAUGAGGACGACCGCAUGGAUGUCGACAAUGGCGAUGACGAUUUCGAGGCGGAAGACCCUUCAUCACUGACCAUUGUUAAUGCCGCCAACAAUGAUGACGACGAUGACGAGCAACCCACGUACACCAGCUCGGCUGGCCUACGCAAAAAGCCUACCGAUAUGACCGCCCUGGAACCGUACCAUGCUGACGGUAGACCGACGCGGUACUACACCGGCGCGCUCAAGAGGGGCCAGAGGAUUCAGGUACUGGACUUUUUUUACGGCCCAGAGGAGGAGGCGGUCAGGAUUGCCGGGUGGUUACUGAACCGGUGGGCUGGGUACGGCGUCCUCCCGAGCAAAGUGCCUGAUGGCGAUGCGUGUCCUGUACCGAGUCCGUGGCUUGAAGAGGGCUACGCCGAGCAGCAGGAGAAGGUGGCGAGGGAAUGGUUUGUACGGGUCAAGGAAGAGAAGGGGUGGACGGAGGGUGAGAGGGGCAUGAGUGCCGAGGAGGCAGCCGAGUACCGCAUCCAGCCGGGAGGGCAGCUUGCUACGCUGCUCGGGCCAUAUCCGGAGCAGAAGGAAGUGAGGAUUGCCCCGUAUGACGGCAUCACUUUGUCGGAGUCGGGAUUGCCUCUGGAAAAGGCUUCCGAGGAAAAGUCUGCCGGGUGGAUGUUUGAUGUUGGCGGGCUCGUUGUCGGCAUGGACUGGGCCAUCAGAGCUGAAGGAGCGUCGCAAAUUCUCGCGCUUGCUGUCAUCCCCCACUCUGACCAGCAGUUGGUUUCUGAGGCUUCUUAUGACAAGAAGAAGGGCAUGAUACAGCUGUGGGAGGUUCGCAGCGUGGAGGACGAGAACGGCAUGAUUUACCCAGAGAACAGCCCUGCACGGCUUGCUCGAACUGUAUGCGCGGACUGGGGCAGAAUCAAGAGGAUCAAGUGGUGUCCUGUCCCAUUCACAGACGAUGGUUCUCUGGGGUUAGUGGCACUUCUCUGUGGCGAUGGACAAGUUCAUGUGGUCUCGAUCAAAGACAUCACCGAUGAUGAGCAAGAUUCUUUCACAAAACUCGAGACCCCCAUCGUCUCCCUCGGUCUCACUUCCGAAACGAACGUCACAGCCACCUGCUUCGCCUGGAUCAACACGAACCGUCUCGUAAUAGGCCACUCUGACGGGUCUCUGUCAUUAUGGUCCAUCGCCCCGCGCGUGUGCCUCGCCCGCUACGAUGUGCACUCGACGUACGUCAUGCACAUCGACUCCGCGUAUCCCUCAAACCCCUACCUCGUGGCCUCGACUCCGAUCGCCGGCUACACCACCCUUGUCGACCUUUCAGACCCCUCAUGCGAGCGGACGAGCUUCCCCUGCUUCACCAUCAGCCCCCAGCCGAACCUCCUGCAGUGGAAUGAUCACCUCCGGGGUUUCUUCAGCGUGGUGCCCUCGGCGAACCCCCUGAACGCGUCGGUCGGCUUCGUGCACUCGAGGUGGUACGCGGCGCAGGUUCGCAAGGUCAUGGACGGGGACAGACUGCCUGCGUGUCUUGCCGUUGGCCUGCACCACCCGUUUGUCUUGGUCGGAUAUCUUGACGGGACGGUGUGGGCGGCGAACCCGGCGAACAGGAUUUUCGCGUCCAAGCACCACUUCGGCCACAAGAUCAAGGUGUUUGACCACCAGUACAUUCCGCGGGAGAGGCUACCGCCGUCCGAGAUUGCGGAGGGCGAUGUUAAUGACGGCUGCCGCGGCGCGUCGAGGAUUUUGCAGGGCUUCAAGCCUGUCCCCAACGUCAAUCCCAAAAUCGACACGUGGAAGACCAAGGUCGCGAUCAACAAGAAGAAGGACAAGAAGAAGCCCAAGAAGCCCAAGGCGAAAGCGAAGGGUAAGGGAAAGGCGGACGCGGCGGCGGAGGAGGACGAUGCGGAUGUGCAAGGAGGGCCGGAGGAAGGGGACGGACACUUUGCGGACCCGAAGAGGGCGGUGCUCUCCGAACCGUUGACGAGAGUCAUGACCAUGGCGUGGAACCCGAACCGGGAGGUCUCGUGCUGGGCGGCCAUUGCCAUGGCGUCGGGUUUGGUGAGGGUGUUGGAUUUGGGAGUGGAAUGCUAG